CACGGAAGUAGACACGCCGACCAGACGAAUUUUGCAAAUUUUCUUGUGAAAAACUCCUGAUAACGUUGAUGAUAGGAAAAAUAAGAACUAAAGGAUUAGACCAAAGGGAAGAUGAUGGAUCAAUUUGAGCCUGUGUUCGUCUAUGUGAAGGUCGGCGAACCAACAAAGAAUGGCGAUGUGGUCAAGUACUCCAUUGUGUCACAAAAGGUCACUGAGGAUGAAUCGACAGCAACUGUAGUUCGUCAGUAUGAGGACUUUGAAUGGUUACACCAUUGUAUGGUCACACAGAAUAACCUAGAAGGAGUCAUUGUCCCGCCAUUACCCCCUAAGCCUCUUGUUGAUCCAAAGAUUACUGAGAAACAGACCAAGGAAAAGCUUGGCAGUGAUACCAAAUUAUUAAAGGGAGAUGAGUAUGAAAAAGACUCAAGAAAUCUUGAAAAGUACCUCAAAUUAGUUGUGACACACAGUGCAUUUGGAACAGAUGCCACUUUAGAUAAAUUCCUGAGGGAAACAGAACCGCCAUGUAGGACGAAUGUGAAGAAGGGUUUCUUCAAUAAAGUCACGUCGGCAGUAAAUGAAGUCAGGAAGGGAGGCCAUAAGGAUGUUGAUGAACAUUUUGUCAAGGAGAAGGACUGGUUGAACGAAUACUCAAUUCAUAUCAAGAGUUCUGCCACUACAUUCUCUAAAACAGUAAGCAACCAAGAGAAAUUGGCCCAGGGUUACUUGCACCUGGCUACUGCCCUUAAUCUUGGUGGAACACUUUAUGAUGAAGAUGAUGAGAACGGUCAAACAAUUCACAGAUUAAGUGUUCAGCUGUCCGAAGCUUAUGAGGAUGCUAAGCAUGGUUUACUAGUGGACUGUGCCAAUGAUGAGUUGACUAUGGGACAUCAACUCGAUCUUUAUGCACGAUUUGUUGAUGCAGAGAAGGAGAUGUUAUUCCGUCGUCUAUGUCGUCUGAUAGAGUAUGAAGAUGCCAACAGAGCAGUCGAGAAAGCCAAACCUCAGAAAAGACCUGCGGCGGAAGAAGUUCAAGUCGCUGCAGAGAAAACUUACCAAGAUUGUACUGAAAAGUCUAAGAAAGAGCUGAAAUCGUUCCACCAUGACCGCGUGCUUGCUCUGCAGGACGGUCUGGUCAGAUUCGCCGAUGCCAAAGUCAAGACAGCCAGAGACACAUUCGCCUUACUCGCCAAAUCACUGAGUUCACUGAAGCAGAUUCAGCUACCAUAAUAAUCAAAGCUUAAGACUAUAGUGUUAUGAGAGACAAACUAUCAGUGCUGUCGUUCUCCUGAAUACACCAGUUAAUACUGACCCACAAGAAACUUGUCUGAAACCUUUGUCAGAGACAUUUAAGGGGGAGACAGUAGUCCAGCAACCCCUCACUUUCAUCAGAUGUAACGCUUUAGACAAGUUACUGUUGGCCUGUACCAGUUUAUUCAGGAGGAGGACCACUUUGACUAUGCACAUUGUAAUACUGGGGAACUACUGUAAGCCAUGAAAUGAUGGUAAAGCUAGAAGUAUAAGUUGGGGAUUUUUUUCUUGUUUUCAUUUUGCAAUAUACUUAAUUUCCUGUUUGCUUGAAUUUGAUGGUACAAACAUUAAAGUUGAAACUUUCAUGAGUUUAAUGUUCACCUUUGCAUUUUCCACCCUAAUCACGGAUGUAAAAGUCGCCAAUAUUACCCUGUCCGCAGAGAUUUACGCUUUUGAAGGGGUACAUGUUUUGUCAAAUUCAUGCUGGACUCAAGCCUUUGUACAUUUUAGGUUUAUAGCAUAUUUUGGAAUACUUUAAUAGAUUAAUUGACAUAUUAGUUAAAAGAUCAUCAGGUGCCAUUUUAUAAUGGAUUCAAAGUCAUAUUUAUUUGUAAUCCUGUUAUACUUAAAAAAAAUGCUUUUCUGAUCAAAUUUUGAUAUCAAAUAAUAUUCAUUAUGAACUGUGAUUAUGUAGAGACUGAUAAGUGGUUUGACUACUUAAAUACUGCUUGAUGUGAGGCUGCUUAAAUUUGCUUGCAACGAAGCAGUUUUUAAAUCUUGAUACUAUUGACUAUAUAUACUAAGCAAUCAACAGGGGUGAUUUUUCAUCAUUUUGACUGCUGAAAGCUUUGCAGCCACACUCCUCAGAUGGAAAACCUAUAUCUAAAACUUGUCCGAGUUAUUGGUUGUUUGGUACGUUGCUGCUUUAAAGGGGUAUGCUCGUUUGUAUUUAGUGGUGGGUCAUGAAAAUAGAAAUGCAGUUAUACACAAUGCUCUAGUGCAGUUAUCCUGCAGGAAAUUAACUGAAACUUGUCAUUUAUAGUCUUUGUAUAUGUGUCAUAAGUGGCAAUGCUGAAUUUCAUAUUCAAUACGUACCAUAUAUACGCGAUUGGAUAUUUUCAAAUUCAAUUACAAAUUUCAAAUUUUGAACGAACAACUGAAGUCAAAUAGAAACAGUUUUAUUUGGGACCAAAAUCACUGUCCCUACAAGAGAGGGUUUCCUGCUAACAGGUUUCUACAAGCAAGCCAGGUGCUAAGCUUACACUUAUAAGAAUAUUAAAAUGUGUAUAUUUUUAUGAAGAGAUCGAUUUGAUUUAGAAAAUAUUUUUUAUCUAUUCUGCUUGCAUAUUUAAAUGGUAAUUGCCUAAUUGUGACCCGUCACAGCAAAAAUGUGUACAGAUUUUCCGGUAUGUCAAACCAAAAUAAGCCAAGCUGCCCUUGCUUUGAUGUAAUGAUGGGACAUUUUCAGGCUAAAAAACAGAAAAAAGAGGUAGUCACCAUUUAAAAAUGCAGGUGGUGAAUAAUCUGAAAGCAUUUAUCAAAUGAGAUGGUGGUUAGGUGAAGAAUUUGGGUUUGAAAUAGCUGAAGGAUUUACAGUCUAAUCAGCAAUACCCACUGACAGUUUUGAUCGGGUAGGCCACCCUGAUGAUCUUCUUCAUAUAAUCAGUACAGCUAUCUCAAACUUUAAUUAAUUGUAAUAGACUGACUGAGAUGCAACUUCCAAUGAAUGAAUUCUACAAAAUAAUUUUGUUAUGAUGAUUUAUAUAUUAAAAAAAACAUAUUC